GCGUGGAGUCGGGCGCUGAGGCAAAGCCGGUCGCUCAGAAGGUGCCCAGCGACGGCGCAGAUGGCGGACUCGCAGCUGUUCUGCGUGGCCGAGGAGCGCAGCGGCCAUUGCGCUGUGGUGGACGGAAACUUCCUCUACGUGUGGGGGGGCUAUGUGUCUAUUGAAGAAAAUGAAGUGUAUUUGCCUAAUGAUGAAAUUUGGACCUAUGAUAUUGAUAGUGGGUUGUGGACAAUGCACCUAAUGGAAGGAGAACUCCCUACCUCCAUGUCAGGAAGUUGUGGUGCUUACAUUAAUGGAAAGCUGUACGUUUUUGGAGGAUAUGAUGACAAAGGAUACAGCAAUCGACUAUAUUUUGUUAAUUUACAAACAAGAGAUGGAACAUAUGUUUGGGAAAAAAUCAGCAACUUUGAAGGACAGCCACCUACACCACGUGAUAAACUUUCCUGCUGGGUAUAUAAAGACAGGUUAAUAUAUUUUGGUGGUUAUGGGUGUAGGAGACACAAUGAACUCCAAGAAUGUUUUGAUGUUCAUGAUGCAUCUUGGGAAGAACAGAUGUUCUGGGGAUGGCAUAACGAUGUCCAUGUAUUUGACACAAAGACACAGACUUGGUUACAACCAGAAAUUAAAGGUGGAGUGCCACCACAGCCACGAGCCGCGCAUACAUGUGCAGUUCUUGGAAAUAAGGGAUAUGUUUUUGGCGGACGUGUUUUGCAAACUAGGAUGAAUGAUUUGCACUACCUAAACUUAGAUACCUGGACUUGGUCUGGAAGAAUUCCUGUUAAUGGAGAAAACCCAAAACAUCGUUCAUGGCAUACAUUAACCCCAAUAGCUGAUGAUAAGCUUUUUUUAUUUGGUGGACUAAGUGCAGAAAAUAUUCCAUUAAGUGAUGGUUGGAUUCAUAAUGUUAUAACAAAUUGUUGGAAACAACUUACACAUUUACCUAAAACAAGACCCAGGUUAUGGCACACAGCCUGUUUGGGAAAAGAAAAUGAAAUAAUGGUAUUUGGUGGGAGCAAAGAUGAUUUACUUUCCUUGGAUACAGGUCACUGUAAUGAUUUGUUGAUCUUUCAAACACAGCCUUACUCAUUACUCAGAUCAUGCCUUGAUUGCAUUGGUAAAAAUGUUGUCAUUUUAGAAAGUCAGAUAUCUUUAUUACCUCCUAAACUUCUGCAACAAGUAUUCAAAAAGAUAACAUUUUGGACUGCAGCUAAUCACCGAGAAGAACAAAGAGCCCAAUCAGAAGAAACAAAUAAUUAUGAGUGGAUCAGUAACAAUUAAGUUGUUAAAUAUUCUAUAUAUUUAAAAUGUUUAAGCAUUGUAACGAAACUAUAAGUUUUACUCCCCAUAUUGGAGGCUUU